AUGGGCGGAUCUGACGCGGUUGUAAGGGUUCCGAGCAGCAACACCCCGGGGAGGUUCUUUUUGGACGGGUAUUCAAACGUCCGCGCUACAACGAGCUUCACUAUAGGGUCUCCUUCGAUAGAGACUACAAGCUCGCAAGGCACUGUUAUGAAGUUCUCGAGAUCGUCAGGUGACGGGGGGGACGUUGCUGUGAAGCCUCAUGGGCGGUCACAGAUGGUGUGGGCGUAUGGGGCGGACGCUUGGUCGACCACAGCCCAGCAUGAUGCGAGGUAA